CGGCAGCAGGCAGGGUUUCGUCGCCUUGGACCCUUCCGUUGCUACCCAUGCCGCUACCACUGGCGCCGCUGCCGAUGCGGAGGGCGAAUUCCAAGAGUUUAAGCCUUUCAGCGAUAACUAUGCCAUCCCUACACAGCCUCUACCCCACUUUUGCACACCAGUGCCUUUACCCAUUUGUCCCAAGGGCAUGGCUCCUCCCAACGAGAACUUAUCACCGGCAACGACGGGGCCACCUAUUGUCGUGGACAUCUCCAGCCCCUCCGCGGCAUCGAGUACGAACACUUCUUCCUUUUCUUUCCAACAAUUUCACUCCACUUCAACCCAAGCACCGAUAAUCUUCCCCUGGGACUCACGCACGUUCUCGACUGCUCCAAGCACAGCAUCAAACUUUUUCAACCUGGGUGACGCUAACACCGGCACGGGCGCCGGUUCCUUGGCCACACCGAUCGCCGAGAGCCCCGGAGUGCCCAUUCGGGGUCGCGCACGUAGCUCGACAUACUCACAGCCAAUAUCAACAGCUGUGCCGCUAGCUCGCGCAAGCAGACACGCAGGGCGCCGCGCGACGCUCUCAAACAGCAGCGACCGCGCGAGCAAGCCGCUACCAGCACGGCUGCUGUCGCAAGAUAUUCGCUCCGCCGCGCACAAUGCCAAGUGUCGGAGGAGUGAAUCACGCUUGCAUGGCUGCCAUCUCUGCAUGCACAUCUUUGCUCGCAAGCACGACUAUGAGAGACACAUGCGAAUUCAUACUGGGGCUUCCCCCUACCAGUGCGACAAGUGCAGCCAUUCGUUCAAGCGCUCUGAUGCUCUGUUGAGGCACAAGAAACAGCAUGACAAUGUCGACUACCAAAGAAGCUCUGCCCAAGAAAGAAAGCAUGCCUCGGUCAAGGCAGACGCCGACCUCGAUUGAACAAAAGCAACGCACAUCGAAUGCCCUAUUCUUGGCUUCACUCGUUUGAAGUUUCGAUGAUACCCUUUCACGCACCUCGUUGGGCCAAUGGAUAAUCUGUACACGGAGGAACUGUAUCUU